CAGCAGUUUUUUUUUUUUUUUCAGAAAAACCAUUUCUUUUGAAAGCCCUUAAUCCUUUUUUUCAUUGUCGGGAGCAAUCUGCUUGUUUAGUUGUUCGGGAAUCUGAUUUGUCAACAUUAUCAAAUAACAGGAGAUAGAAAAAUUGACAGAAAAGCAGAUUUGCGUGGAGAUCGAUUCGAUAAAUUUUCGACCCCGAAAUUUGGGUUUGCGAUUCGGCUGGAGGGGACUUAAGCUAGGGCUUUUUUGGCCCUGUUGUGCCGUGUCACAAGGGUAAAGGCUCAUGACCGUUGUUGGCUCAACGAAGGCAGAAUCAGAAUCGACGGCUGGGCGUGCACAUAUUUCUUCAUUUAAUUAGCUUAUUUACGAGAAUUAAAACAGAAAGGUCUUUGCUAUGUUGGCUUCAAAUAUCAAUGGAAUCAGUUUGGUCAGCUGCUUCUUUCAUUUUGCUGAGUGGCAUCCUAUUGAAUAGAGUUUCUGAUCGGACGUCAGGAGCAAUAUUUCUUUUAGACAGAGAGAAAAGGUAUUACAAUCAAGCUUGUUACUUUCCCCAUUGUGUUGUAAAUUAAUUUGGUGGUAAAUUUUCUGCUAUGGCAAAGUUCGUUAAGAGAAAUUCGAUUGAGGAAGUAGCGGAGAUGGGGUGUUUUGGGUGCUUUGGUUUCUCGUUUUCGAGGAAGCCAAAGAAGGUGGUGGGGCCAAGUAGGGGUAUUAUGGUCAAUAAUAAUGCAUCUCACGAGUACCUGUUGGAUGAUGACGUGGAAGAUGAUGACGAUGAUGAGGGUGGUUCUUCUUAUAAUGGUGAUAAUAUGACUGACACGGGGAAUGGAGAGGAUUGCGACUUUAUGAGUCCCAGAAAAAAAUCGGAGGAGAUACUCAUGAACCGUUUGCAACAGGGUUUAAUAUGCAGGGAAUUUCCGGUUAAGGAAACCCAUGCUGUUAUUCGAUCUGAGGAUGAAGAUGGAAACAAGACGGUUAAUGAAUAUGUUCGUGAACGCAAGAUUGGAGCUGGAAGCUAUGGGAAAGUGGUUCUCUACCGAAGCCGUGAAGAUGGCCAACAUUAUGCAAUAAAGGCGUUUCACAAAUCUCACCUAUUGAAGCUACGAGUGGCACCUUCAGAAACUGCAAUGACUGAUGUUCUCCGUGAGGUUUUAAUAAUGAAAGUACUGAGCCAUCCUAAUAUAGUCAAUCUAGUUGAGGUUAUUGAUGACCCAACUGCAGAUCACUUCUAUAUGGUUCUUGAAUAUGUUGAAGGCAAAUGGGUCUGUGAGGGUGCUGGUCCUCCAGGUGGUAUAGGUGAAAAUACUGCACGCAAGUAUUUACGUGAUGUGGUUUCCGGUCUGAUGUAUCUUCAUGCCCAUAAUAUAGUCCAUGGGGAUAUUAAACCUGACAACUUAUUAGUUACUGCAUCUGGGACUGUGAAGAUUGGUGAUUUCAGUGUUAGCCAGGUUUUUGAGGAUGAUAACGACGAGCUUCGCCGUUCUCCCGGUACCCCUGUUUUUACUGCACCCGAGUGCUGUGUAGGCAUAACCUAUCGUGGGAAAGCUGCGGACACUUGGGCUGUUGGAGUUACUUUGUAUUGCUUUGUUCUUGGGAAAUACCCUUUCUUAGGAGAGACUCUACAAGACACCUAUGACAAGAUCGUAAAUAACCCGUUGUUGCUUCCUGAUGGAAUGAACCCCCUUUUGAGAGACCUUCUUGAGGGUCUUCUCUGCAAAGAUCCAAGACAAAGGAUGACACUUGAGAACGUGGCACAACAUGCUUGGGUCAUCGGUCAAGAUGGGCCCAUCCCUAUGUACUCUUGUUGGUGUAAGCGUGUGAUGAAUUUAGGCAAAGAAACAAUUAACGAGCUAUCAGGAGUAACCGAGCUUUCACUUCGUACUCCUGAAAUCAAGAGAUCAAUUCUGGAAGUCGUCGACUUAAAAGCCCGUCGUAUUCGGCCGUUGGCGUUGAGGUGGGCGUCGAACCACGCCGCCACCAGAGUCUCCCCCUUAGCGGCAAUGGCCAACAUCCAGCUACUGGAGGUGAACCUCCAGAAAAAAGGCAAAGUAGACGCCGCCGGUGAGGAGACCAAAACCACCCAACCGACCACCAUCGGACCGGCAACAGGAGACCAGUACCUGAAAACCUCUAGCAGGAUCGACGAACGCGACCCUAGACCGAAGUCACAGCCACCCUGUCGGCGGCCCCCUGUUCGCCCAACACCAGAGCGAGAUCAAGAGUCGGGAAGCCCAGCCACCGGAAAGAGCGCCCAAUCCCCCGCCUCCAGCCGACAGUCGAGGCUCGCUGCUGCAGGUGACCCCUCGAAUCGACGAACCCUGAGCCUCCGCCAUGACCUAAGAGCAACUAGGAAAACCAUGUGGAUGGAGAGCACCGCAUCUCCGAGACCCCCACAAACAACCCUGAACCCAACCCUCAAACACCGGCGACCUCUUAGGAAGGAAGGCAGUAGCAGACGGGGAGGCACACUGCGGUCGGAUUAG